CUUCACCAAGCACUUAAUGGUCGAGGGCAGGAUCGAUCCAUGGAAUUCUUGGAGCAAAGGGUGCUGUGAUGAAGUGAGAAGUGUGAGAUCUCCACAAAAAACAAAAGCAAAAACAAAACAAUCAGCCAGAAACCUUUUUAAAAAACCAACAAGCAGAGACCAUGGGUAACACACUGAGUGGAAAAGAAUACAAUUUGGAAGACCACGGCCAGUCUUGCCGCAAACUCUUUGAUGAGUACGUCGCCGAUCCGAACAAGUUCCAAGACUUGUCCUCGAAAGUGGUCGCAAUCACCGGGACUUCUGAGAAGAGUAUUGGCUUUCACAUAGCCGAGGUUGCUGUUCGAAAAAAUGCCAAAGUUUUGAUGCUGUGUAACCGUGAUUCCAAAUCCUCUGCACAAGGAACCAAAGAUCUCAAGGAAUUGGCCAAGGGAUGUGGGUCGCCUACUGUCAUUGAAACCGUUACUUGUGAUCUGCAAGAUUUGGAUUCGGUCUGUUCAGCUGCGACCCAAAUCAACAAGAUUGCCACCAAACACAACGGGCUCGACGUGUUGGUUUGCAACGCAGGAGUUAUGGCCUUGAAAGAUCUGCGCACCAAGGAUGGGUAUGACGUCCAAAUGCAGACUAACCAGCUAUCCCAUUUUGUCCUUGUGGAGGGUGUUUGGAAAAGUAUUGUCCAGGCAUCCAAGAGCCGAGGAGAAGCACGUGUUGCUACUCAUUCUAGCAGUGCCCGUGAUUCUCCGGGUAAAGAUCUGGAAAAGGACUACUUUAUGCAGAGUAAGCCAGGAAGUUUGGGCGGAGAAAGAAGCAUGUUCUCAGAGAUGUUGUUGGGUUUCAGGGGCCCAUGGUCCCGAUACCAUCAAACAAAGCUGGCGAAUGCCAAUUUUGCCAUGGCUUUGCAUGACAAAAUUGCUGCUUCUUCGCUUAAGGGAAAGAUUCAGGUUAGCAGCGCUGAUCCUGGAUUGGCCACUUCUAAUCUGCAGGUCACCACCAUGAGCGACGGAGGCAUGCCCAGUUGGGCAGCCAAGCUUCUUGGAGGGAAUGGCCAGUCUCCUGCUGACGGAUCUUUACCAAUCAGCAUGUGUGCUUUUGGUGUCAACACCAAGAGUGGAUGCUUUUACAUGCCUCAGCAGCAGCUGAAGGGGCCUCCAAUUUGCACUGUGGAGGAGGGAGUUGCGGUCAAAAAGGGUGGAGAAAAGUUGGUGGUUUCAAUGACAAAUAGAGAGAAUGUUUGGAAAUGGUGCGAAGAAGCCUUGGGCAUGAAGUUUGAUAUUGAAUAAAGUAUCAUUCGGUCUACACUUGCGAUGAAUAGUGAAAGAUUGCUUUCGAGGACGUUGCAGUGACUUCGUUCGUACCGAUUGGAUACUUCUAAUGAGCUCCGCAGAUGUCAUUGGUUCUACAGCCAAAGCAAACACUAGCUAGAAGCUAACAACCUUUCAUCAAAGCAGUAUCCAUCUAAAACCUCAAUCCUUAGUCCUCAGUCGUCGAUAU